UGCUUCGCGUCAGAACGGCAUUUCACGCGUCAAAACGUUUAAUUCUAAAGUCAAUUGCUACUACCGCUCCAGUAGGACUGCUAAUGUUGGGGGUAGCAUUCUGUUGGCGGUGAUGCACGCAUAUUAUUCCACCAGUCAAAUGUAACGUCAUACAAACCCCCAACGUGGGGUCGCCAUUCAAAUACACCGUCAUCGAAACCGCCUCAAACACUCAGCUACCAACGUUUAUCUUUCACAACUAAGUCAGUCGAUCUGAUACUUCAUUCAUCAUGUCAAGCGCAUUAUCGAGCUCUCUGGUUGAGGCUGAACUGGUCCCCGGUUCAGCUGCUAGCCUGAUCCCGGAAGGCUUCAAGCCUACGACGAAUCUCAAGGUCUCGUUCGAUGGGAAGGACGUCAACUUGGGGAACCUCUUCCGUGCGAAUGAGUGUAAGCGCGCUCCUAGCAUCCAGUUUGAUCAAGAACCCGAUGCUCCUGGGGAUGCUACCUACAUGCUUUUGCUUGUCGACCCUGAUGCGCCAACACCAGAUGACCCCAAGUUCGCCUUCUGGCGCCACUGGGUUCUCCCCGGUCUGAGACCUUUGAGCGGUGGAGAUGCAGUGGCUCAAGUGCAACCUGCCCUCACAGAGUACUUGGGUCCUGGCCCGAAGGACGACUCCAAGCCGCACAGAUACUUGCUUCUAUUGUACCGACAACCCGCCAGCCUUGACCUUGCCAAGGAGGAUGUAGGAGGCGAAGAGUUUACGCAAAGAAGGUCUUUCGAUACUGCCAAGUUUGUUGAGAAGCAUGGACUACGACUCGUGGGCGCGAACUGGUUUCUCGGCGCUGGAGAUGGUUGGAAAGAGUAGGGCAGAGCGACUACUGAUCUUACGCUUGAGAUACAGAUAGAGGCCCCAGAUUGCUGGCCGUUUUUGCCUCUGCUCGCUAUGGUCUAAUGGAAAUGGGGUAAACUCAUCCAGUACCGCGAUUUCCGUUUGAUGUCAGUUUGGCUCACUCAACUAGUGACUCCUAUUGGUGAGGAUAUUUGGCUCGCUUGGG